AUGAACACCAGAUUCAGAGAUGAAGGAGAAUGUGAAGUAGAGAUCAGCAACGGCAGAGUCGGUGUAAAGUUCUUCACCGUUUCCAUCAUUCCAGAUGUCUUUUGCUUUGAUGAACAUAAAAAGGAAGUGUCUGUGAAGAAGGGAGGUUCGUUCACUCUGCACACUGAGACUACAACAUACGAACACUACAGCAUAAGAUGGUAUUUCGGGUUUUUCCGUAUUGCUCAGAUCAGCAGAGAUCUCAGUAACAUCUGUACCGAUGUUCAGUGUGAUGAAGAUGCUGAGAGAUUCAGGGACAGACUGAAGCUGGAUCAUCAGACUGGAUCUCUGACCAUCAUCAACACCAGUUUUACUGAUAGUAAAGUAUAUCACCUAAAGAUCUUCAGCACCAGUGGCAUCAGUGAAAAGAUCUUCACAGUUUUUGUUAAAGAUGAAGAGUCAGUGUCAGUGAUGGAGGGAGAUUCAGUCACUCUACACACGGGUGUUAAAACAUACCAAGAAGAUGUUAAAUGGCAUUUUAACAACAUUACCAUUGCUAAAAUCACUAGAGAUCAGAGUAAAAUCUGUGAAGAUGAUCAGUGUAAAGAGAGAUUCAGAAACAGACUGAAGCUGGAUCAUCAGACUGGAUCUCUGACCAUCAUGGACAUCAGUACCACAGACUCUGGAUGCUUUCAGCUGAUAAUCCACAACACCAUGAAGAGUUUUGGUGUUACAGUUUCUAGCUUGUACAAAGAUUAUAUAAAAAGACUGCCAGUGUUUGUGAUGGAGGGAGAUUCACUCACUUUACUCACUGAUGUUAAAAUGAACCAACAUGACCAUAUUAGAUGGGAAUUUCAGUACAUUUAUAUUGCUGGAAUCACUGGAGAUCUCAGUUUUAUCUGUACAGAUGUUCAGUGUAUUGAAGAUGCUGAGAGAUUCAGAAACAGACUGAGGCUGGACAAUCAGACUGGAUCUCUGACCAUCAUGAACAUCAGUAACACAGACUCUGGACUCUACUAUCUACAAAUCUUCAGUGACAUCAGAACUGAAAUGAUAUUCAGUGUCACUGUUGAUGAGGAACAUGAUGAAGUGAAGAGAAAAACAGUGAAGGAGGGAGAAUCUGUCACUUUACAUCCUGGUGGAAAAAACAAAUCAAAUGAAGCUGAACUGAUGAGGUGGUAUUAUAACAAAAUCAGCAUAUCUGAAGUCACUGACGGUCCUAGUAAGACCUGUGCAGAUGAUCGGUGUAACGAGCGAUUCAUAAACGGACUGAAGGUGAAUAAUCAGACUGGAUCUCUGAGCAUCAUGAACAGCAGAACUGAACACGCUGGACUCUAUAAACUAGAGAUCAUCUACAGCAGAUUCAACAUCAGCAGGAGCUUCACUCUUAUUGUCACUGAAUCAGGUCUUCCUCCAGCUGUUGUGGCAGGAAUAUGUGCUGUUAUUAUGUUUCUUGCUGCAGCUGCUUCUGUGAUUUACUAUUUCAAACCUCAAGCAAGAAGGAAUGUCAUCAGACAGAUGAUUGAGCUCCGUGAUCAGAAGAGAAGUUCACCCACUGGCCCAAACACAAAAUCCAAUGAUGUGGAUGAAGGUGUUCUGGAUGUCAAUCAGGAUGACGACUCAUCAUCGAUCCAUACAGAGGUGAACGCUAAUAAUAGGAUGUCCAAUGACCAACCAAUGAACGCUAGCAGUGAGACAUCACAUAAUCAGACUGAGACAAAUUGAUGAACACUAAACAUGGGAAGUCCUAUAAUCAGUGUAAGGUUGUUACUUUUAAACUUUCAAGUUAAACAUGAGAACAUAAAGGGAACAUGAGAAGAGCACCAGCUGAAGCUUAGAGAAACACAAAUUUUGGAAUUGUUUUCUUAAAGAUGCACUUUGAAACACUUUUUCAUGUCAAUUAAUGUCAAAAAGAUUUUUGCAUUCCAUUAUUAUUUUACUUGACCCAGCAUUAACUUGUGUCUGUUGACUACCUGCAUAUGUGUGUGAGAAUGAGUGUGAGUGUAAAACAGUGAGCACGGCUGUUUGUGGUCCUGCCGACAUUUAGAGGUUUACGUUUAGCUGUUGAGACCAUGCAGAAUCGUCAUGAUGAUUUAAUGCUGGUUCCACACCAAAUGAUGAGUUCUGCGUCACUUGCUCUUGUUCACUUACAAGAUGUUUUUUUUCUCUUUUGCUGCACUCUGUAAUUCACCUCAAUUUGCGUUUGCCUUGACUUUGUAUGUAACUUACAUAACAGUCUGUUUAAAGAGCCCAUAUUAUGGCUUUUUGAAAAUGCCCUUCCAUGUAGUGUGUCACACAGCUCUAAGUGAAGUAAAAUAUCCAGCUAAGGCUUAAAUCUGUAAGUGUACAGUGUUUAAAACUAUUGAUUGAUCUAUAAAAGAGUCGACUCAUAGUGCUUCAAACGAGUCGUCUUGAUAACGAGUUAUUAGGUGUUUCACGAUGACGCAGCCACGAAACACAAGUAGUUGCACGCGCAAGCCCGGGAGAUUUGAAACCUGCGGCUCCGCCCACUAACAGAAAAAAGUCACACACACACACACACACACACACAGAGACACACACAGACACCGGUAGAAUGAAGUCAUGCUGUGCAGAUGGAGAUUAUUGACAGUUCACCCAAAGAUGAAACCUUAGCAUAUAGCCUAGCCUUGAGCAGAUCGAGAGCCUCUGGAAACUACCUGCUUACAAAGAAGACUUCAUCAGUUUGUUAAAGGAAGGAUCGGUAAAGACUGUCAGAACAAGGAUCAGUGGAUCAUGAAUCAGUUUCUUCCCCCAUUUCACCAGUGUAAGUACGUGCGAUUAAAAUUGUUGCCUCGUUUACUCUAGCUUGCAAAUUAUGCAUUUAGUUGUGUUUUGUUACUUGUAACCGCGUGUGCUGUAUCAGGUUAACUCUUUAUAUUCUCAUAUCGCGUGUAAAGCCACGUUGAAAACGCGACGCGUGCCGCUUUGUUUAUGGAUAGUCAGCUAUGUGUGUGUGUGUAAUGUGUGUGUGUGUGUGGCUCCUCUGAGGACGGUCGUUUGUGUGAGUGUCUCCUCUUAGGAGGUUGAUGUGUGUGUGUGCGUGUCUCUGAAUAGGGUAAAGCUCUAGGCAAAGGGUGAUCAAAGGGACCCGUUUGUAAAGUGAGGACUUUAGGGGGUGUCGCAGUUGAAAUCUUAGGGUUGUAAUCGCGGAUGUAACUGAGGACGCGGAGGGGGAGGGAGGUGUCGCCGCCGCGCCGUCUCUAUUCUGGACGCGCCGGCCCUGUGUG